AUGGGCCGGUUCGGCUGGGUCCGGCUCGCGUCGAGGUCCCUCGCGCUCCGCUCCGGCGAGGUGUCUGCGCGGAGGAGCAUAUGGGUUCGGCCGUCUGCACCUUGCAGCUCUAGUGGCACAUCUAUCGCUGAUAGAUGCUAUGGUCGAUCCAUCUUGACAUCAUCUGUAUUGAGCAGGUUUUUUCAUUCUACAGGUCAAUGUUAUUCGAUGGAGAAGGACUACUACAAAAUUCUUGGUGUUCGUAAAGAUGCCUCACAGGAUGACAUAAAGAAAGCUUUUCAUUCUCUUGCAAAGAAGCACCAUCCAGACACAAAUAGGGGAAAUGCUGCUGCAAAAAGGACGUUUCAGGAAGUAAGAGACGCAUAUGAGACUUUACGGGAUCCUUCAAAGAGACAGCAGUAUGAUCUGCUAUUUUCUAGAGGCUCAGACGAAAGUUCCACAAGGGAUAGGGGGGAGUUUGAUGGAUCCUAUCAAGAUCCAUUUUCAGGAUUCAACAAACAGAACCAUGACCCUUUUGCAGAGUUCUACAGACAAAAUGAUGGUCCUUUCUCUAGUCAAUUUUACAAAAUAUUCUCUGAGGUUUUCGAGCAUGAUUUAGAUGCCCAUGCCACUGAUAUUGAGGUAGACUUGGAUCUAUCUUUUGCUGAAGCUGCUAGAGGAUGCACGAAGAAAGUUCCCUUCAGUGCAAAAAAUCUUUGCUACUCAUGUGAUGGGAGAGGGUACUUGGCAAAUGCAAGAAAAUAUGUUUGUCCUUCAUGUAAAGGUGUAGGAAAAGUUAGUAUGUAUCCAUUCACAUCCAUUUGUACUUCUUGCAGAGGCUUUGGGAAAGUAAUUAAGGAUUACUGCCUGACAUGCAAAGGUUCAGGGGUGAUAGAUGGUAUGAAAUAUGCAAAUGUGACCAUUCCAGCAGGAGUUGAUUCUGGUGAUACAAUUCAUGUACGGGAGGCUGGAAAUAGUGGUGGACAUGGGGCCUUACCUGGAAGUCUAUAUAUUAAGCUUCGAGUAGCAAGUGAUCCAGUGUUUGUUCGAGAUGGUGCUGAUGUCCAUGUGGACAAAAAGAUAAGCUUCACACAGGCAAUGCUCGGUGGAAAAGUUGAAGUGCCCACUUUAGAUGGUAAAACAGAAAUUAAGAUACCCAAAGGAGUUCAGCCAGGGCAAGUUGUAGUUUUAAGGGGGAAAGGAUUGCCAAACCUGUCAGGAUAUUUCGGGGACCAACAUGUCCGAUUCAGAAUACAUUUUCCCUCGAAGGUUAACGAACAUCAGCGUGCACUGUUGGAAGAAUUUGCAGUAGAGGAAGCCAUAAAAGAACAAAGUUCUUUUGCAGCGGGAAACUGGUUGGAGCUAAUUGUUGAAAGUAUGAAGAGCCAAACUUUCAUGCUCGGGCUUGGCUUCGUCAUAUUGAUUUUUCUGAUGCUGAGGCACUGAGAAGGGGUUUUCAAAGCUAC